AAAAAAGUACACGUGUUGGUCCGUCUCAAUCCCAUUUUCCCAUAAUCCCAUUUCCCCAUCUCGCAAUCUCAGUCGUCGUCUCCUCCCCCAUUUCUCCACCCUCCGAUCUUCCUCUCGCGCGCAAAAUACAAACAAAAAUUCGACCAGCACGCUCUCAGUCUCAGGUUUUUUCAUUUGCUCCGAUGGCGGAUGCACAGUCGUCGCUGGGAGCUCCGGGGAGCCCCGCCGGCGGCAGCGCCGAGAGCGGAGGCGAUCUGAGCCCGCGCUCCGGCGUCCGCGAGCAGGACAGGUUUCUGCCGAUCGCGAAUAUCGGCCGGAUUAUGAAGAAGGGGCUCCCGGCAAACGGGAAGAUUGCCAAGGACGCGAAGGAGACCGUACAGGAAUGCGUUUCGGAGUUUAUCAGCUUCGUCACUAGCGAGGCAAGUGACAAGUGCCAGAGAGAGAAAAGAAAGACGAUCAAUGGGGACGAUUUGCUAUGGGCUAUGGCAACUUUAGGUUUUGAAGAUUACAUUGACCCUCUCAAGGUGUAUCUGGCUAAAUACCGAGAGGGUGACAGCAAGUUGUCUUCAAAAGGGGCAGAUGGAUCUGCAAAAAGGGAUGGAUUGCACCAACCAAAUCCUAGUUCACAUCUUGUCCAGCAAGGUUCAUUUUCUCAAGGCAUGAGUUAUGCAAGCUCUCAGCCACAAGCUCAACAUAUGAUGGUUCCUAUGCCGAGCAUGGAUUAGAAUUGGCUCGUCUUUUGGCCAAUGCCCACCUUCAUCUUGUAAGAUAGAUAAAACAACAUUGAAGCUGCAUUUCAUUUGUGCUGUAAACUCUUAUGUCAGUGUUUGUUUUUUUUUCGUGUUUGUGUAUGUUAGAGCCAUAUUCUAGUUGAGCGAACUCUGUUAAACUUGUGGACUCGACUGUUAAUUUAUAUGUUGUUUUUUUGUAUCAUCAAUUAUUUUUCAUAUUAUUAGGUAUCUUCACUAUCUUCUUAUUUAUUUUUUCUUCCUUUGCGUGAAAGGGUGUUUGGUGUUUUCCAUGCGACACUGAAUUGUCACCACAGGAAAUAUGUGUGCAACGAUGGACUUGAGUUUUUACAGUCAG